AGUUGACCCAUUUCCCGGCCCGUCACGGGCUCGGCCGGCCCCCGCGCCCAGGCGGCUGCUCCCUGCUGACUGGGGUGUGGGCGGGAGCGGCGGAGGGAGGAGGAGGCGCUGCUUGCCGCCGCUGUUGCCUCCGCUGCUGGGCGCCGGGGCAGCUCCCCAGGUACCUGCGGCCGCCAUGGACGAGCAGGCGGGUCCCGGCGUCUUCUUCAGCAACAACCACCCAGGCGCCGGCGGUGCCAAGGGGCUCGGGCCUCUGGCGGAGGCUGCCGCGGCCGGCGACGGGGCGGCUGCGGCGGGGGCGGCCCGAGCCCAGUACAGUCUCCCGGGUAUCCUGCACUUCCUGCAGCACGAGUGGGCCCGCUUCGAGGUGGAGAGAGCCCAGUGGGAGGUGGAGCGGGCGGAGCUGCAGGCCCAGAUUGCCUUCCUACAGGGAGAAAGGAAGGGCCAAGAAAAUUUGAAGAAGGAUCUUGUGAGGAGGAUCAAAAUGUUGGAGUAUGCUCUUAAACAGGAAAGAGCCAAAUACCACAAGUUGAAAUACGGGACAGAAUUGAAUCAGGGAGAUAUGAAGCCUCCAAGCUAUGAUUCUGAUGAAGGUAAUGAAACAGAAGUGCAGCCACAACAAAACAGCCAGUUAAUGUGGAAACAAGGUCGACAACUACUCAGACAGUAUCUACAGGAGGUGGGUUAUACAGAUACUAUUCUAGAUGUGAAAUCUAAACGAGUGCGAGCUUUGUUGGGCUUUUCAAGUGAUGUCACGGACAGGGAAGAUGACAAAAAUCAGGACUCAGUUGUAAAUGGCACAGAGGCUGAAGUUAAAGAGACAGCAAUGAUUGGAAAAUCUGAGUUAACAGAUUCUGCCUCCGUGCUGGAUAAUUUCAAAUUCCUUGAAAGUGCAGCUGCAGAUUUCAGUGAUGAAGAUGAAGAUGAUGACGUUGAUGGAAGAGAGAAAAGCAUCAUUGAUACUUCAACAAUUGUUAGGAAAAAAGCAUUGCCUGACAGCGGUGAAGAUCGAGAUACAAAAGAAGCUCUAAAGGAGUUUGACUUCUUGGUUACAUCAGAGGAAGGAGACAAUGAAUCUAGAAGUGCAGGCGAUGGAACAGACUGGGAAAAGGAAGACCAGUGUCUCAUGCCUGAAGCCUGGAAUGUGGACCAGGGAGUAAUUACCAAACUCAAGGAACAAUACAAAAAGGAGAGAAAGGGGAAAAAGGGGGUGAAGAGAAAAACUACUGAAGAUCUGUUUCAGCCUCUAUCCUAUAUAAAACAGUCAAAACAGGGAUGUGGGAGAAUGAAGAAUCAAAGUUUAGGGCCCAAUAGGUCAAAACUACAAGAUAUGCUUGCUAAUUUGAGAGAUGUUGAUGAACUUCCUUCAUUGCAGCCGUCUGUGGGUUCACCUUCCAGACCCAGCAGCUCCAGGCUUCCUGAACAUGAAAUUAAUAGGGCAGAUGAAGUGGAAGCAUUGACAUUUCCUCCUUCUUCUGGAAAGUCAUUCAUCAUGGGAGCAGAUGAAGCCCUUGAAAGUGAACUGGGACUUGGAGAACUAGCAGGCCUUACGGUGGCCAAUGAAGCAGACUCACUAACUUACGAUAUAGCAAACAAUAAAGAUGCAUUGAGGAAGACAUGGAACCCUAAGUUUACAUUGAGAAGUCACUUUGAUGGCAUCCGAGCCCUUGCUUUCCAUCCCGUUGAGCCUGUUUUGAUAACAGCAUCAGAGGAUCACACAUUAAAAAUGUGGAAUUUACAGAAAACAGCCCCAGCCAAAAAGAGCACUUCUCUUGAUGUAGAACCUAUCUAUACAUUCAGAGCCCAUAAAGGUCCAGUGCUUUGUGUGGUAAUGAGCAGCAAUGGUGAGCAGUGUUACAGUGGUGGUACUGAUGGACUGAUCCAGGGCUGGAAUACCACUAAUCCCAACAUCGACCCCUAUGAUUCUUAUGAUCCUUCUGUUUUACGAGGCCCUCUGCUAGGCCACACGGAUGCAGUCUGGGGUUUGGCUUAUAGUGCAGCACAUCAGCGUUUGUUGUCCUGUUCAGCAGAUGGCACUCUGCGUUUAUGGAAUACAACUGAGGUUGCUCCAGCACUAAGUGUAUUUAAUGAUACUAAAGAAUUGGGAAUCCCUGCCUCUGUGGAUCUAGUGAGCAGUGACCCGAGCCAUAUGGUAGCAUCAUUCAGCAAGGGAUAUACAAGCAUCUUUAACAUGGAAACACAACAACGCAUUCUCACUUUAGAAUCCAAUGUAGAUACAACAGCCAACUCUUCCUGCCAAAUAAAUAGAGUCAUCAGUCAUCCUACUCUUCCGAUCAGCAUCACUGCUCAUGAAGACAGGCACAUCAAAUUCUAUGAUAACAAUACAGGCAAACUGAUCCACUCGAUGGUAGCCCACCUAGAAGCUGUUACAAGUUUAGCAGUUGAUCCUAAUGGCCUUUACUUGAUGUCUGGCAGUCAUGACUGUUCAAUACGUUUAUGGAAUCUAGAAAGUAAGACGUGUAUCCAAGAAUUCACAGCUCAUCGAAAAAAGUUUGAAGAAUCAAUUCAUGAUGUAGCUUUCCACCCAUCCAAAUGCUAUAUAGCCAGUGCUGGAGCUGACGCACUGGCUAAAGUCUUUGUAUGACGCAAUGCAUCAUCUUCACCUUCUAGCUGUUUGUAAGUAAUCAACUGCACAAAAGAGAUACAGAAGAUGAGGGCAAGCAUCAUCUCAUCCUGCCCUUUUGUUCUGCUGAAGGAGCACAGAGAACAUUUGUUGAAGUAUAGUUUUGCAAUUCAUACACUGUUUUCUAAAACUAAGGUUUGUUCAGGUUGCUGCAAGCUCAGCUGAAUCUGUGAGCCUGAGGUCUGUUUCAAAUUUCCCCCCAGUAGGCGCCUUUAUUUCUGAGGUUGUUCUAAUUCGCUAGGCAGGCCUGAGCGAAUACAAGUUUAGCUUGCCCCUGUUGAGUAAGUAGGAUAUGCUACAAUGGAUAAUUUAAAAGCUUGAUAGCUGGGACUGAAUAGAAGAAAACGGGAAACUUAGACCAAGUUCUCCCCUGAGAAAUCUUGUUAAACACAUUAAGUAGUCAAAAUAGUAAUCUUUAUCGUAUCUGCCAUAUUAACCCCUUUGUAUAUAAUGACCAGGCAGUGUUAAACUGAGUUUUUAAUUUGGCUCUCCUUUCAGCUGUUCACAUAAAGCACCUGGCAAAGCAUUUUACCUGUUAGGGGGAGAAAAAUGCAAUAAUAUGUUAAAUAUAUUAUUAUUCAGAAAUGCUAAACAAAUAGUUUGCAAGCAGAUUUCUAUAUUGUAUUACAGUUUUGAAAAUAGAUUUGGUAUCAUUCUAAAGUUUAGCUAUCAAGCACUCACCAUUGUGAAGAAUAGUUGAUCGAUUCUGCUUUUACUAACAGAUUUAACUUACUCGGGUUUGAAAUUCUGUUUAUUUUUAAGGGUCAACAGGGCAUAUCUCUUUAAUAAUUUCUAUUUUAAAAUUCACUUUAUUCAUGUGACAUUUAUAUUACCAGAGUGAUUAUUUCAUACAAUGAAAUCCUACUUUUCAGUGACUGAAAAGAUAGAAUUUAUUUGCUAAUAAUCGUUUAUCAACACCCACCUAAUCAUGCUUCAGAUGGUCUGUGCUCUUUCUUCUUUGUCACGUUCAAGUUAUCUGACAUCUACCAAGAACAGUUCAUAAUUAUUAAGAGUCCAAAGAGUAUGGUUAACUUCACGCAGCUGCUUUUGCAGAAGUACUAAUAAAAACAAAUAUUUUGUACCCUAGAAGUCCUCUAUUAAUCUCUGUAAGAAUCUCCUGGAAACCUGGAUGAAAGAGUUUAAUGCCAAAUAUUGGCUAAAAAGUUCUGUCUUUCUCUCUCCCUAUUCCUCCCCCAUUGUUUAAUUGAGAUAUACAUGUUUUAAUGGGUAGUGUAUCAGUAUUGUUUCUGGGGGAAUCCACACCUUAAAAGGCCAGGCUUUCCCAGCCCAACUUACCUGUGACCCACCUACAUGUGGUCAGCUUUUGGGAUUCUGAGGACCCCACUAUCUAGACCUAGCCCCUGUCAUACAGACCUUAUUUCUAUAGCGGUUAUGUCUCUCUUACUCUUCUUUGUCCCAAAUGACAGAGACCAAUCUAGAAAUUGGAAAUAAAUUAUUAACGUCCAACUUGCCACCAAAAAAUAUAUAAAUAGGCUCUUAGAUUUUAAAAAUAUUAAAUCUAUAAAUAUUUUAACCAAUUAAAACAAUUUCUACAUAUUCCAUUCCCCACAUUUUCCAUUGUCAUAACAAUGAUGCUUCUCAUGAUAUGUACAUCUACUCCUUGAAAAAGUAUUCUGAUGGUGAUGUGGCUAAUGAUUGACAAUAUUUCUGUAAAAUUUAUCUUGUUUGCCUCUAGAAUUCUGCAUUAUACAGGCAAAUUUUCUUUAAAGCUAAAGACCUGUGCUAAAUUUGCCCGAUUUUCAUACAGAUAUGCUGUAGUAACACAGCUACCUUUUCAUUUCAUCUUCAUGCUUUGGUUAACAAGCAGGCUCAAGAGACUCCUUUGUGUAAUUAAAUGAAUUGACCUAAACAUGAGCUAUCAGGUGAAUACUUAAUAUUUCCAUGCAGAUGCAGAAUUACAUAUUGUGUUCAGUAAAUUUCUUUUGGUUCUUCACAGUGAAGAAAGAAUGUUUCUAACCUAACAUUUGUAGAAGGAUACUGGAAAAUUCCUUCCAGGAAGGAAGGAAGGAAGAUGCCAUUACUUAGUGUAUUUAUGAUAGAUGACCACAAAGCUAUUGUUUUACCAGUUAUUGUUUUAAUUACCUUGUAAGAUCUUCAGUACCUGCUUUAUUAAUGUCGCUGAAAUUCUAAAAACCAAGACAUUCUUCCCCUGUUCAUUUUAUGCUUCAUGGUUGAAAUUUUUCUGUCAGUGAGUGGAAAAUAACCAUGAGAUACAUAGACUGUAGUGCAAAUGGAACUGUUGAAAUUUCCUUAGAAAGCCAGUGCUGUGGCACUGGAGACUACAGAGAGAGUCUUCUCUACCAGCACCGCAUGAUCUCAGCCUAGAAAUGAGCCAAAGCUGUCUUCCAACCAGAGUAGCAUAUACAUGUGUCUGACUUUUCCCCUAGCCUGUUGAACAUUCAAUGAAAAUUCACAGAAUGAACAAAUUCAAUGUUUAAACAGCCAUUGAAAUGCUUUCAUAGAGCUUCAUUUGUAAAUAUUUUGUUUGAAAUGUAUUGGAAUAGUAUGAAAAUUAGCAGGAGGUUUGGAUCCCUGCCUUAUUUUCAUAUGCUAUGGAUACAUCUCUGGGAGCUUGCAGCACCCUUCUCAAAAGUCAACUGUCAUAUGGAGCUCAUUUGCUACUCAAACCAUAGACAGAUUCUUUAACAAAAGUGAUAUAAUGACCUUCAGUAUUUUUCUAUUGAACAAGUUUAACAACUUUUGCCAUUAAACAAAUAGUUAUGCAAAGUAUUUCGCUUUUAUAAUGAUUUUAGUUAUGACUAAAAGGGGGGAAAUUGAGCUGCAUCACUGAUGAUGAACUUUGUGAGAAAUUUUUUUUUUAAUCUGACUUUCAUUCCUUCAGUAUUCUUGCUAUAAAUUUCUUUUGGAGAUAAUGAUGAAGAUUUAUUUGAAAAUGUCUAAAAUGUAUGUAUAUUUUAUAAAUAUAUAUUAUAUAUAUUGUAAGAAUAUAUAUAAUAUAUAAACUAUAUAUAUAUAUAUAUAUAUAUAUAAACCAUAGGUGCAUUUUACUGUUUUGUAUUUUCAUUUUUGGAGGUAGUAUACACAGCAGAUAAUGAUGAGUAUGAUGAGUGUUGUGCUGUUUGCUUUUGCAGUAUAAUAUAUAGUUCUAAAUGUUUAAAUUACUGUAUAUACAAUAUUCAUUAUAGGCUAGCAUGCUUGUUUUAAAGACUGUCGUUCUAGUGUAUUAAAAUCUGAAUGUAAGAAAACCUGGCUAUUCAAAUGUGAAUUGAAAAAUAUUUUAUUCUCAGUACUGAACUAUUUCCAUUGAACAUUCAGGCUUUUUAACAAAAACAAAUAUCAUCAAGAAGGCAAUAGCUAGAAAAUGAGAGGUGCCUUUAAAAAAAAAAAUGCAGCCUUACAGUGAGGGUGAAGAUUGAGUUUGGGGAGGGGGUGGGAGGGGGGGCACAGAGAGAGAGAGAGAGUUAGUGUGUGUGUGUGCGCAUGCAUGCAUGCGUGUGUGUGUGUGUGUAUUUACCAAUCUGUGAAGGUCCUGAUUUGUGACCAUCAAUGUCUUUUUAAUGUAUCUGCUCAACUUCUAGGACUUCAGGGGACAUUUCAUGCGCUUUGUGCUCUUCUGAGCACCAUAUAUACUUUCCAAGAAUUUUGAAUGUGAAUUCCUAGAAAUUUCGGUAGAGAAAACAAUAGGUAUUCUUUAAUUAUAGUCAAGUUCAGGUAGAAGGAGAAAUUAUUUGUUCACCAUAAUUAUGGGAUCUCAUUAGUGUUGGCUAAGUAAAUGUAAUUUUUUAAAGGCUCACUUUUUAAUACUUCAUAUAUUUCCCUCUUACAAAACAGCAUGUCAUGAAGUUCUUAUGUGGUAAAGAUUCAACUAGUAAAUAUUUUUAGGUUAAAUACCUGAACUAGUUAAAAUUCCACCUAAGAAUAGUCUUAAAAUACUUAAAUGGCAUCUCUCAUAUCUACCUCUUUGUCAUUGCUGCCAUUUUAACUGAAGCAAAUCUUUAUGACAUCUGAAAUGAUGGUUGGAUGCAAUUAAAAAAAAUCUAUGUUGGUGCUUUUCUCAGGCUUUGUCAUUUAAGUUAUAUUGUAUUAAGAUGUCACAAAUCAGAUUGAAAGGCUUAGAAUUAAUUUUGUUUUUCUUUGAAAGAAUUGCUUAAAAUUAACCAUCAAUGUUUUUAGUGAGUGGAGAUAAUGAAUCUUUGGUUGGUGUAUGUCUGUGUGAUGUUUUCAACCAAUAGCCAAAUAAUUAUUGAACUUACAUGAAAAAGAGUUCUAAGUAUAAUUUUAUUCAGGUUACUUUAUUCUUUGAAAGUGACUACAAGACUAUUAAGUACAUAAUCAUUCAUUUUAUUUACUCAGAAAUUGCUUCUCCAUUACUGUUAACUUGUUUAGUAAUUUAUAUAAUUGCAGUACUUUAAGUGUUGGACACUGGGAUUCAGGUUGUACAAAGUAGUAGCUGACAAAAAAUAUGUAUAUUUUUGUGAAAUGUAUCAAACCCUAAAGUUCAUUUUAGAGAAAGGCCCAGAAAACGUAUCUGUGUUUAAAAACAAAGGACAGGUCAUUCGUCAAUAAUUUGAAUCGUUUUUACUUUUGCCACUACAAAUUUUUAAUUGGCAAUAUCCAUCAUCCAACUGGAUCUUCAUGUCAGUGUAAGGGAUGCCAGGUUGACAAAGUAUUUAACAGAUCCUUUCAGUUUUUGUUUUGUUUUGUUUUUUUAAUUCUUAAAAAAACCAAAUGUUAGGCCAAACAGAUCCCUAGAUCCCACUCAUUGAUUCUGGCAGUAUUCCUAAAGUGGUGCUUAGGGGGUCAGAAUUUUCUGGAUCUUUGCUAAUCCAAGCUUUAGAUUUAAUUUAACCAGGACCACAUGCUUGUCAUCUCUCUGAUGCAAAUUUUCAAAAUCAUUUUAAUUUAGAUUCUAAUGUCUGCCUGGGUUUUUAACAGGCUGUGAACCAGUGAGUGCCUUGUUAAUGCAGAAUGAUUUUUUCCCCCCUGGGUGGGUGUUAGUUAGCUCCUCUCUGAAAAUGUCUCAGAGAAUGGUAUUUUAAUUGACUUGUAGAGAGCUGCUAAAUUUGUUAUUAUCAACAAUCAGAAAGUCUUUGGUCUACUACACAUCUCCCUCCCUGCUAUCUCUUCAUUGUUUGGCUGAAGUUUGCCUCUUGUGAGAAAACAAUACAACUCCCCUUCUCCGCACACUUUUUUUCCAGCCCAGAUUAAUAGGUAUCCCCUACCCUCAUCCCAACUUUAUAAUCUAAUACCUGUUUUUAGGAGGAACCACUUCUUUUUAAUAUUGAAAUCUGCUGGUUACUUUAUGUUUUCUCAAGUUCAGUUGACUAGAGCUGACCACAGGGUGUCAUCAAUUCAGAUUCCUAAAUAACCCUUUCUCUCCACACCCAGUGCUCCAGCUGGUGAGCCCUGGGCCAGAUUGUUUGAUCUUCAGGUAUUUUAAAUUUUAGUUACAUCAAUUAAUGUAAAUUAAUCCAAAUGCUAAUUUUUGUGGUGCAAGAAGUUUCUUAUGUAAAUUCAGGGUAUGGAUAAGCUAAUUAAGAUAUCCUUCUUUGGUGGCUCUAAGUGUAUUAUUUGUUUUUAAAUAAAGUGUACAAAUAUAGAUAACGUGCUAUAGGUGUCUCAUGAAUUGGAAUAUUUGUCAGAUUUGGGAUCUAGCUGUGGCUUUACAGUGAAUCAGUUAAAUUAACAUAGUCUGAUUUGGGGCUUUUGGGGGAGGAGUUUUAGAGGGGUGCAGAGAAAUAAAAGGAUAUUAGACAAAGUAUAUGUGAGUCCAAAAUUAAUGAACCAGUCUUAAUUACUGAUUGUGAGGAAGGAGGAGAAGUUUAUAGAGAAUUUGGGCCUCUGAAAAGCCAAAUUAAAAUACCUUCUAGGAUUGGGUCAGUGAUACUUUCAGAGACACAUAUGUUUAAUGAAUAGGUUUUAUGUUUUUCAGAUGUUCAGCUUAAAUGGCUUUUAAAAUUUAUACACAUAUAUAAAUACAAUGUUUUUAUUUUUUCUUUGGCUACUUAACAGACACACACAAACCUUCCACACUCCCUGCCCCUUCAAAUCAACAUUAUUUUUCAAGGCCUUUGGCCUGCCCAGAACUCACAGUCUCUUUGUUCCAAUCUGGAUCCACAAUACAAUAUGAAAUUUAAAAGGCAUCUCUUCUGGUAUCCUUGAAACUAUCCACCAUUGUUUGGUGUUCUGUAUGCUGGUAUACUAAUGAGUAUUGUAUCCUUUGGUAUGUACACACAUUUUCAGUAGUGUUGGAAACACCUCUUCUAUCUUUUUAAUGAGAACUGAGACAUGAUUAGCUUGAGUAAUUUUGGAGUAAUCUAUCUCAGGAGGUCAUUAAGACUCCAAAAAUUAUUCAUGAACCCCCUGGGGUCAGCCUAAGAUUGCCAGGUAGUAUUCUGACCUCUGGUUUCCCAAGAUAACUGAUGUUUUGCAGGGUCCCAGCAUUGUCCUGGCACAUAAAAUAUUCCCAGAACACCUGGGGAGUCAAGCAUACCUUUUAACCUAAACAUUAUAAUCAUGGAGCAUCCCUCUGCCUGUUACUUCUCAGGAUGACCAAAACACUCCAGUUCUCUAAGGAAGCACUGACAUACGGCUCUGCAACUCUGAAAAUUAGAGUCCGUUUUCUGAAACACAAAUUUUAACUCAGUAAGUUUUGUAUACCAAACAAUUCAAAAUCCACCAAACAUAAAAUGACUCACUUCUAUCACUCAAACCCUACAAAACCUAACCCAUUCCUUAUUCCUAAUUGAUAUUUCACUAAAGGUAAUGGUGAUUUCAGUUAGAUUGGAAGUCAUUAUUUGGGUGAGCAAAGUCUGCAAUAACCUACUGAUAGGAAGGAGCUGUUUCAUAGAAAAGUAUCUUGUCCUUGGUAAUUUAGCCAUUCACCUUACAUGAAGACUGGUCCAGAUGCCAGCUCCACAUUGACUUUUUCUGUGUACCUCUAGAUAAUUAACCCAGUGAUGUGAAGGAGAGCCCACAGUAAAACAUCUGUUAAACAGCACUUGGAGUACUGUAGUGUUAUUAAUUCAUGUGCUGUAAUUUCUUGACCGUCAUAAGAUCUAGUGUAUGUACCAGGUUCCCAAUUCAUUGCCUCAAACAAGAUUUUUAAAAAUUCUAAUAACAUCAUCAAAUUAAGGGUAAUGGUAGGGAACCCCAUCAUCCACAAUUAAGUAUGCCCAAACUGAAAACUUUAAGAAAAAAAGCACAUGGAAAGCAACAUCUUAGAUUAAUCGUGAGUUGUAGAAAUAAACAGCUUGUGGUUUGUAUAUGUGCUGAAAUGUUAAAGUAUAGUGGCAUCCAACUACUUCCCUUUGGAAAUGGGACCAAGACAGUAAUUUUUCAUGCAUAAACAAAAUUAACUUAGAGCAAAAGUAAUUUUAUCAGAAACAGUAUAUUUUGGGUGCUGGAUAACUUGGGUGGGAGUGUGGGGAAAGAAGUACCUUACCAAAAAGGAGAAGCAACUGGCCCUGUGACCUGAGCCACACUGUCUUCCAUUUCAACUUCAGUGGGCUGGCAAGAUAACCACUUCUGACCUCAAAGAAUGAAUGGUUCCAAUUCUGGCUUGUCAUUGUUAUCUAAAUUAAACAUUUUUAGGAAAUAUAUCAAAAGUAUCCUAGAGCCCCCUGGCAAAGUGUAAGAGGGAAUAGUUUUCAUUAUAUUUUAAGAAGCUGUGAAAACAUAAGCCCAAGUAUUUUGUGUCAUCUGCAUAUGUCAGGAUGAAGACCAGGCAUGUAAGAAAUAUCCUAAAGUAGCCAAGUGAUAAUCUCAUGAAAAAAUAUGAGAAUCGUUUUUACAGAGUGAGUUCUCUUUGGAAUGGUUUUGACUAUGCUUUUAAAAACAUUUUUUAAAUCUACUUACAUCUUUUUCUAUAGCCCACGUAUUUCAGAAUAUCCUCUUGAUAGAAUAAUAUCACUCAGUAUGAUUUUUAGAAAAAGAAAAACUCAGUGGUCUCAUAUCUUUUGACAGUUGUUUGUGAAUAAUACACUCCCCUACAACCUUUCCAGUACUCAACUGCUGUGUAAGAAUGCUUUCUUAUGUGGUAAAUGUCUCAGUAUUUUGCUGCCUGGUAUUUGUUCAGUUUCCUUGUCUAUAUCAGGGUCAGAAUGAAUCAGGCUUUCUCCCAACUCUGAAACAUUCAGACUUUCUUUUUGGUCAGCCUUUUAACAAGCAAGACAAAUAAACUCCUUUUGUCAGAAUCGAUUUGAUUAAAAAAAAAAAAAAAAAGACUAUGCUCCUUACUUCUCAUUGCUGUAGAAUACUUAGGAAUACACAUCUACUAAUUACAAUGAAAAAAUAAGAGAAUCUUUAGAAACAUCAUUGCUUUCUGGAGGUAGAAAUUUUGAACUUGAAGGUUGUAGUUCCAGGCAAUUUUGUGCCCCUGAGGUGUCCAAUUGAUAAUAUAGCUUGCCUCUGCUAAUACACAAAAGUUUUAUUUCCUGUGAUUUUCAGAAAUUAUUUUUGGAAUACAAAAAUUAAUAAGGAAUACGUGAUGUUUAUCUCCUGCAUUUCAAAAUCUUCUGGAUUUUUUUUGAGGCAUGAGGAGCAGGUAGUGAGAUUUUUUUUCCGAAUAUCUUGAUUCUCUCCCUUAACCCAGAUUUUGCAUAUUAUGCAUUGCUCCUUUGUCACCUACAAAAAUAAAGGUUAAUGAUUAUUUGUUUGCUUCUGUCUAUAUAAGCUCCCUAAGGCACAGACCAUGUUGGUUUUUCUUAUGUUCGUCUUAGCACUGUGCCUGGUGCCUUGCCAUAUAAAAGGUACCCUGUAAAUACUUGUUGGCUGCAUAAUCAGAGAACCCAUUUCAAAAUCUAAAUUAUCCAAAUCAUCAAAGACCAAAAAAAAAAAAAAAAAAUCUCUGACAGUUGAUGCUCAAAUGCAUUUGGUUCUGUGGAGCUUAUCCUGAGAUCGAGGUCUGCACCUUGACUGGGGAGGAAUUUGGACUUUACCUCACAGGUGGCAACAAAAUGCCUGAGUAGCAACCUCUUUAUACUGCACAGUUCCAGUCCUGCCUGCAUGAAAACUGAACAGAGCAUGUUGGGGACAGGGAGGUGUCCCUAAACCAUGUUGAUGACCUCCCAUCUAUCCCCGCACCCCCAUAUCUCCUCUGCUCAUCCCCUAUUCCCCACUAGCCUUUGAUCAGUUGAAAGGGAGCUUUUCUAGCCUGGAACCUGAGCCUGCCUUGAUUAUCCUGGGCUCAGAACAGGUCCACUUCCACACUCUUUCCUUGCAACCUACAGAUGGCCCUACUGACUGCUUUUGUCCAGGAGAAAAAGGAACGAACCUCCCAGUGGAAUCUUGUCAGGAAAGGCAUCCCUCUGGGGAGCUUUCUUUGGAGAGGAAAACUCUGGGACAAAGUUCCUCAGGAUGCUCUCAGGCUGGUUUUUGUCUUGAAGAUUUUAUAGUAAUUAUACCAAUGUUUAUUAACUCUCUUAGGAACAUCUCUGUCUUUGGUUUUCUGACAGCACUCCAGCAGGGCCCAGGGCUUUAGCUGAACAGUGCAAUUGUUUUAGGAAUAAAAUAGUCAACAAGUUAGAGACCAACUAUUUAUAUUUAAUAUUCAAAUGAAUUUAAAUCAUUAAAAGAAUCAUCAGGAAAUUACGAAAUACUCAAUGAAUAAUCUCAACAUUAAACAUAUGCCAUAUAAGAACUAUCUGUCAUUAAAAUUACUAAAAACAUGAUUCCUUUAAGAUCAGUUCAACACGGAAGAAAAAGCAGGAAUUUGGCCUGGACAUAGGACAUUUAUUGUCUGUUAGAUUUUAGACAAGCCAACUCUUCUAAAUUGGCUUCUCAUCUAUGAAAUGGGGAUAAUAGAUCUGCCUAAUUAGGUUGAUUUGAGAUAAUGGAUGUAAAACACCUAAUAAAAUAAGCAUCCAGCAAAUAACUAUUGUUCGCUCUCUGAAUACAGACUUCUGGUCAUGUAGUUCUGUCGCACUCCUGAUAGCUUCUAGAACAUCAGGGUUUUAGGAGAAA